GCUAUCGUUGAUAUUCACUCGUUGCUAUUAAAGAUAUCUAAAACUCCCUAUAAAUAUUAAUUGAUGUUUGAAUCGAGAAUAAAUCAUGGAGACUCAGAAAACGAAGAAAAGCAGCACUGAACGGGUGAGAGCAUUCCGCGAUAGACAACGAGCUUCGAAACCACCUAAAAAACCGCCAAAAUCAUCCCAGCAACGUUCGAGAAAAUACAGAGCACGUCACAGGGCUAGAAAGUUAUUCCUUACGUGGGACAAUAGACAGAUCGUUAUGUUCCUCACAAUAUUCGAAUCUUUCGAAUCGCUGUGGGACAUAAACAAUGCGGAAUAUGAUAUGAUGAGAAAUAAUGACGAGAUGCACGAGAAGUUCUUGAAAGAUUUGAUGCUUAUUGGUCUGAUGGGAGAAAAUGCGGAUUUAGACCAACUGAAAGCUUUGAUAGAAAUAAUAAAAGAAACGUACGCUGAAGAAAUGAAGAGUAUGCAGUCGAAUAACGUGCACGUCAAGAAGUAUGCAGAUAAUUACGAACCUAAGUUGCCCUGGUUCGAACAUGCUACAUUUUUGAGGAAUUCUAUUGAGGCAAAGCAACAAUCCCCCAUUAAUGCUUCUCAAAUCAUACAAGACCCACCAGAGAUGAAAAUUGAAAUUGACGAAGAGAGUGAGCAUCUUGAAGUACCAGAAUUCGUAGCAUGUACCGACUCCCUCGAAGCAGCAGUCAAAUCCGAACCUAUUAUAGAUGAAGACCAGUCUAUGCAUGAUCUAAAAUCCGUAGCCGGUUACAAUACAGCUAGGGAAGCUCAAGAAGAUGCUUGCAAUUUUUUCGGCAAAUACGUAGCUGCUGAACUUCGCAGCCUCCCAAUAAAAGCUAGGAUGGAAGUUCAGCAAGAAAUUCAGAGUUGUAUAACUGCCGCAGUCAUUCGUAAUUCGACAGGGUCGAAGGCUACAGAGACAGCUCAAGUACCGAAUACAUCUGCUGGUCCAUCUAGCACCUAGAUUAUUAUAUUGUUCAAUUGUACAUAGUUACUUAUCUACUUGAGAAUGUGGCUUAUAUUAAGCUAGCUUAUA